AUUCGCUCAAAAUACGUCCUCUCAUUUUUCCGUUUUGUUGGGGGGGGUGGCGCUCUCUCUCUCUCUCUCUCUCUCACUCUCUCUCUGUGUCAAUAGAGCGCGAGCGCGUUUUUUUUCCUUUGCGUUGAAAGCUGCGCGUGCCUCUCUCACCGAAUUAGAAUUACGUCAAAGCGUUUAAGCCGCUGCAGGUGCAGCACGGAGAGCGCGAGAACGAGGGAAACGCGCGCGUGCUUGUCUUCUCAUCUAUCGCUUGCUUCCAUACACAGACACACACACGCGCGCGCACUUAAACGGAGGGGAGGGGAAAAAAAGAGUAGUCGUGUAGCACAAACCGUGACAUUCAACGCCACGCAAGAAAGAGAGCUCGCGCUUCACUGUUUUCCUGCAUGCGCGUGCUAGUGAUCGACAGGCGUACGUGUAAACCGAAGCGUGGGAAAGCACGCUUUCCUCCGGGGAUCUCUCGAGCAGGGUCACAGGCAGUUGCUGUAGCAGACUCGUAUCUGCGCUCUUCCCGGUUUCCGCCAUGGCUCAGGAGAACGGAGAGACCGCCAAAGACUCGUGGAAGAAGCAAGUCAACGACAUCAAGCAAUUGUUCGAAUUCAAGGAGGUCCUCGGCACUGGAGCAUUCUCCGAGGUGGUCCUGGCUCAGGAGAAGGCUACAGGGAAGAUGUUUGCUGUUAAAUGCAUCCCUAAAAAGGCCUUGAAGGGGAAGGAGAGCAGCAUCGAGAACGAGAUCGCUGUGCUACGCAAGAUCAAGCAUGAGAACAUCGUGGCCCUGGAAGAUAUUUAUGAAAGCUCUGAUCACCUGUACCUCAUCAUGCAACUGGUUUCAGGAGGUGAGCUGUUUGACCGGAUCGUGGAGAAGGGCUUCUACACAGAGAAAGAUGCCAGCACACUCAUCAGACAAGUACUGGAUGCGGUCAACUACCUGCACAGUAUGGGCAUCGUCCACCGAGACCUGAAGCCCGAGAAUCUUCUUUAUUUCAACCCUCAAGACGGCUCGAAGAUCAUGAUCAGUGAUUUCGGCCUUUCCAAGAUGGAGGGCACGGGGGACGUCAUGUCCACUGCCUGCGGCACACCGGGAUACGUCGCUCCUGAGGUACUCGCUCAGAAGCCGUACAGUAAAGCUGUGGACUGCUGGUCGAUUGGAGUCAUCGCAUACAUCCUGCUGUGUGGAUAUCCACCUUUCUACGACGAGAACGACUCCAAACUCUUCGAGCAGAUCCUGAAAGCCGAUUACGAGUUCGACGCACCUUACUGGGAUGAUAUAUCUGACUCAGCCAAGGACUUCAUCAGCAGUUUGAUGGAGAAAGACCCGGCUAAGCGCUUCACCUGUGAGCAGGCUCUCCGUCACCCCUGGAUUGCCGGAGACACGGCUCUCUGCAAGAACAUCCAUGAAUCCGUCAGCCGUCAAAUGCGUAAAAACUUCGCUAAGAGCAAGUGGAGGCAAGCCUUUAACGCUACGGCAGUGGUGAGGCACAUGAGGAAGCUGCAGCUGGGCAGUAGUAUGGGCGCCAGCAUGGACGGCGCUCAUCCCAACAGCGGCGCCCAGAGCCGAGGCCAUGCGGCGAAGCAGCAGACGACACCACCGAACCAGAACCCGGCGCUAAACCUCAAACAAAACCAGAAACCUGCUCCAAACCAGAACCAGUAUCAUAUCAACAACAUGUCUACCGAGUCUCCCGCUAUAACACGCAAAGACUGUACAGCACCUCCUCAUGCUUCCUGUUCUUUGGCGUCCGCAGCCGCAUCCCCGGCUCCAGGGGCGGAGCCCUGCAGGCCUCACCCCUCUUCGGUUGCCUCGGUGAGCACUGUGUUAACUGGGACCAAGUGACGCCAGGUCCUGCGGGGGGAGAGCUGGGAGGCCACGGCUCUGUAAGCCACGCCUCUCAGACCACCCCCCGCCCUGCCUUGAGGACAGGCAGAGGACUCGCCCGCCCACUGGUCGCCAUAAUUAACCACUGAGAGACUCGACACUGCGCGCCACUUACUGCACACCGCGACUCGUCCUGCUACUCGAACCCCACGCCAUCAGGGGGCACGACACGAAGACAGGAUGAAGAGGUCGAAUUCACUCACGAGUGGAUCUCCAUGGCCGGACUUGAGUCUUUUAUGAGAAUAAUAGCGUGUUGUGUUAUGAAUGUGCUAUGAAUCACAGCAGCCAUUUUACCCUUCGGUUACGACUCAGAAAAAAAAAGGACUUCCGGAAAGGAACGUGCGGGAGCGUACGUGAAGCGUGUCUGCCUCGAGAACCUUUAGGCAGAACCAAUGUCAAAUAGUUCUUCUUAUUCUACAUCUCUAAGCUCUUCCCCUCGUAUUCUCUCUCUGUUUUCCCCUCCUCUCACACUUCUGGCACUUCCUAUAAGCUGUGUUUGAGUUGACGAGAUUUUUUGCGGUUUUAUUUCUACUCUUUCUAGUCGUUCUCUGGUUUUCAAGUUUUCUAUGAUCUGUCUCGCAGACCUGCAGAAGUGCUUUAUAAAAUCACGUUAGACUGUUCCGAACUGUUAAUCUGGCUCCAAGUUGUAUGCGUUUGCACACGGAUGCUCCAUAGCUACCGACUGGUUUGCUGUAGUCCUGCGGCGUUGGAGGAAGUGUAGAGCGAUUAUUACUGCAUCACAAAAUUCAUCCCAAUAUUUGCCUCAAAUAUGAUUUUUCUAUUUUACUACAUGAAGUCAUACACCCAGCCCCUGACAGCCCCUGAAAAGCCAUGGCAGCGUUGCUUUACGCCCAGUGUACGAGUUCUCAGGGAAUUCCACAGAUGCACUGGAAAUCAUCAUGACCAUAUAAAUGAAAAUUCUUCCAUGUCUCGGGUCAGACAGACCCCUUAGCCAGACUAGAGCCCUCGAUUCAUAAGAUUAGGAUAUGUCCUGUGCACCAUCGUCCAACGUCGUACCAAGCUGUCUCUACCAAAGGUCCGAGUCAGGCGGCGAGCGUAUGGGCUAGGGCUGCCCCCUACUCCACCCUAAUCGACUUUGAUUUCUUUAUGAUUUAUGCACAUGUUUAUAAUUUACCUUAAUUAUUAUACUUUAAAUGGCUGAAUUAUUAGCUAGUAAAUUGUGUCAAAAAAAAAAAAACAUGCACUUGGCACUGAAAGAUGGACGCACUUUUUUUCGUGAACCUUCGUAAACUCUGUAAACGUCAUCACGGUACAAGUCUGAAUACGAUGUGGGGCAUUUCAAAAAUAUAUCUAAACUACCGCUACUUAGUUUGACUUGUAAUUUAAUAACAAUAACAGGAAAUUAUUUGGGGGGGAAUUAAAUUACAAUAAUAAAAGAAAUCUUUAUUUUGAUCAUGUCUGAGGAUAGACAGUGUUCCUUUAUAAUAAUAAAAUCUUGAACAGGGGGUGGGGUUAAUUAUGGGGACAGGACAGGAAUUUGUUAGCUUGUCAAUCAAAUAAGCCACACCCCCUAGGUGACGGUGAUGUCAUGAGGAGACGCAUUUUUCGGGAGAUUGACUAGUAACAGUAAUGUUUCUUCUAUUUAGCCUCAGAUAUGAUCAAAAUGGAGGUUUCCAUUUCAGAACGUUUCAACAGAGAUUCCUUUUCUAACAUAAAAUUGAAUCACGCUCAAGUAAAAUAACGAGUAUAAUACUCAGUGUUUAUAUUUAUUUAUUUAUUUAUUCAUUAGGUCUAUUUUUUGAAAGGCCAGUUGGUCAACCAAGAAAAUAAAUUCAUAGUUAAUAAAUAAAUAAAUAAAUAUGUAGUAAAUAAAUAAAUAAAUAAAUACGUAAUAAAUAAAUAAACGCAUAAAUAAAUAAAUAACUAAAUAAAUAAAUAAAUAACUGAUUUUCGAUGAUACACAAGUAAAAGAACUUUUGUUGCGACUCAGAAAUGAUGGAUAACGUUUCACAUCAUGUUUUUUUUUAUUUUUUUUUAAAUAAUUUCAGUGGCGUUGCACUUUAAUGCUAUUAGCUAAAUGACCACAUGCCUUUCUUCAUUUCUUUUCCUUCAAAAACAUUUCCUCAAUAACACGAUGCACAGUGAAAUGAAAGCUUUAAUUAGAGAUGCAACUUUUACAAUUUUGAAGUUUUUCUGAUCUUUCUAUUCAUUUUUUUUGGUCAAGCAACACUGCAAAAAAAAAAAGAUAUCUUUAUGAUGAAGUGCAUAAAGAAAGUUUAGUAUUUCUCAUUAAUUUGAUUAGGAUCAUUAGAGAGAUUAUUAUAUAAGAAAUAUAAGGAAAUUAAGCCGGUUUCUGGACUCGUUUCAAGCAUAAAAUAAACUUCCGUUAGCAGCUAAUUUGCUUCUUUUUAGGAAAAUAAGCAAAAUAAGCUGAAUUUCAAGCUCAAAAUGAGGAAACUAUCUCUGCUUAAUUUUCUUACAUGAGCAAGAAAACUCUGAAUUGACCUCCUGAUUCCUCCCCACACUAUCAGGGUUUUAUUUAUUUGAUGGUUGUUUUUUUUUUGCUGUAGAGUAAAAGGUUCGAAGGGGACAGCCCUAAUAUAGCUACAUAUCAUGUAAAUAUCUCACAAAUCCACCGAGCGUGGAGCGUGUGCUCAAUUCAGACAUGUAUCCAGUAAAAAAACAAAAAAAAUCCAGAUGGGGAAUUGAACUAAAAGUUAAGGGCUUUAAAUCACUUAUUUCCGGUUAUUCCGAGACCGGCGAGUCUCCGUGACCGUAAACGCUUCUGAGUGUCUCGCUUUGUCUCCUGCAGCCUUUACGAUGUGUUGUUAUUGCAGGAGAAAGGUGUGUGUGUGUGUGUGUGUGUGUGUGUGUGUGUGUAGAAGAGUGAAGGGUGCGUCACAUUCUCCUAAGUGCCAUCAGAAAUGUCACGCAACUUCCCGCCAUUGUUUUGUUUUGUUUUUCCUGAAUGUCUCCGUGUGUGUGUUUAUUUGUACGCCAUUUUGUCCCUCCACGUUUAAGGUGUUUGGCUGUUUCUGUACAUUUCCGUGUCGUUGAAGAUGUUAGAUGUUAUCGAUUCUUGGAGGAACCAGAGGCGAUGAGGUUAGAAGCCAAUGAAUAUUUUUUUCUCCCCUUCUGUGCGGCCGAGUAUUUUUCUUUGCGGCUGUCUGUGUUUCUGUUACGGAAUUCGUGUGUGUGUGUGUGUGUGUGUUUGUCUCUCUGUGUGUUUUUAUGAGGUACUUUAUGGUAUAUGUCAUGCCUGUGGUGGUUUAAAGACAAUGUGAAAAAAAAAACAGUUUUUCCCCUCCCACAAUGUAACGAUGCGAUCUGAUUGGCUGGUGAGACGAGCGCUGAUGUCACUGCUUCAUCCCAGAUGAUGAGAUCUUGUCUUAAGUAAGGCCAGGAACCUCACACUCUAUUAGACCCUUGUGUAAUUAUUACACAGGAUAAGUAAUUUUUUGUUGAAACGUGAACGAUUUUUGUUAUAAUAUCGAAAAGAAACGUAUUUGAAUAUGCAAAUAAGGCAAGUUGCUUUUCAUAUCUCUAACUAUUUAUCCAAAUAUCAAUCUUUUAGCAUUGCUCCAUGGACAAAAUGUCAGAUUAAAAAAAUAAAGGGUUUAAGUCUUAAUGAUGUGAAUGUGAAAAUCUGAAGGCUGGGAAAUAACUGAAGAGAAUCCCAAAAAAAAACAUCUAUAAAUGAGCUGUAGGACAAUUUAUUGACAUUUUAUUGGCUUUGUAAAUAGCAAAUUGACAGAUUUGCUAUUUACAAAGCAAAUAAAAACGAAGGAAAGAAUACAGAAAGAAGGAAUAAAAGAAGUCAGGAUGUAAAGUUACAGGAAAUGGAUUAUGAUUUGCUGUUUUCGAUUACUUUUUUAGCCAUUUAUGGUUACCCUUAACGUAGGGGAUACACGUCAGCACGUGUUAUCACACGUUAGAGCAGCCGUAAACAACCUAACAAGCCUCUCUUUAUCUCUUUCCUGAAGUAAAAAAAAAAAAAAAAACGGCUCGUCAGACACCAUACACUCUUUUUUCCUGAAGACACUGGAGACUCCUUCCAUAAACAUCUCCUUAGCACAAACGUAUCAAUGAUAUACAAAAUAUUUCUUUCUAAUAUUUCUAGAAAAUGAGUCCGUAUCAGGGAAAAUGAAAGCAGUUUGUUGUGUAGUUACUGAAAUUUGCAUAAAUUCUAAAAGUAAAUAAUUGAUGUAAAGUUUCUUCCUUCAUAUUUUCAUAUUCUGAAUGAACGUUCUUGAUGAGAAAUAUCUAAUUCUAAUAGGGGUGGGUGUUUUUUGGUUUUUGCUGUUGGUCCCUGGCCUUAAGAUAAAGCUCUGACACUGGAGACUCCUUCCGAAGAUGUUCAAUUAACAUCUAACAAAAAAAAAAAACUUCUAUUAUUUUCUUAAGGGUGAUGUUUUAACUCGAGAACCCAACAUCACAUAGCGUAAGGCUUAUUGAGACUAAUCGAGAUCGUCUUGGAUAUUCCGAAAGUACAAACGAUCCUGACGGAAAAUAUCCGAAAGACAGGAAACGUAUGGCCGGAAUGGAGUGAUGAUGAUGGAUAGAUAUACAGGAUUUAAAAGACUCUUAAGGUUCUUCAGGUUGUCUUUAAUGCCGCAGAUUCGACGCUAACGUGGUGCAUGUCAAAGGAAGGAGAUGAUUAUGGGCUAAAAAUGUUGCAUGGUGUCGUGUUUAAAUGUGAAGAUCACUCGCUCCCGCUGUCGUUUUCUCUCGCUCCGUCUCUCUCGCUCUCUCUUUCUGAUGAUCACUCUCUGUCUGUCUUUGUCUCACUCAUGUCUCUCUCUCUCCCCCUUACACACACACACACACACAGCACCAAUGAGUGUUAAUAAUGACAGCGAUGAUGAUGAUGAAGACGACGAUGAUAAACCGAACUUAUGCCUAAUCUGUGUUAUUGUUCUUCUUAUGAUUAUUUUUAGUUUUUGCGUUUAUUUUUAUUGUGCUCUUUCCUGUGUUGUAUGUCCAGAGUUUGAUCACUCUGUUGGUCCAAAGGCUUUGUAAAUAAGAUUGUGUACAAUACAAAAAUCCUGAGACGUGCUGAAGUGUGUGUGUGUGUGUGUGUGUGUGUGUGUCUUUGGAAUGUUUGUCCUCUAAACACUGCCUUUUCUCUGGAGCUCUGUCGCAGUGUACUAAUCACACACACACACACACACACACACCCCUGUAAUACACAGCUGUUGUUGUGGACGUACAUUUGUAUGUUUUAUUGUAUUGACUGUCUGCUCUUCAGUACCUCUCUCUCUCUCUCUUUCUCUCUCUCGCACACACUCUGUUAUCGUUUAUCCGAUAAAUCACGCUCCUAUUGGACGAAAACGAGCCAUUUCACAGUAUCAGUACCCCAGUCUCUUAUCAACGGUGGGCAUUUUCGACACAAAUCGUAGUUCCGAUCGCACUCCUACAGUCCUACAGACCAGAGUCCCACUGCGACAUCAUGUCAUGUUUGUAUCUACUCAGGCGUCGCGAUUGCCUCUUUAAAUUCAAAGCUGUGAUUGACACAUGUCUGUGCCACCCUCUAAACUGUGCGGUUCGCUCGAAUCGUCCUUCGAAAGUACAAAAGUCUCCCGAAAAUUACAGCAUGGUAUUUUCUGACCGCCAGGCAGCAUCAAGCGAUCACAAAAAAAUAAAUAAAAAAAAAUCCAAUGAUCUAUUUUUGUUAAGAAACAAAAGCAUGUCUAAAGAGCAACCUCUGAAGUGUUCAUGUAUUUCCAACAGCCCUGACGUACACAGUAUAUACAGAUAUAUAUAUAUAUAUAUAUAAAUAUAAAUAAAUCUAUCUAUAUAUAUAAAUAUAAAUAAAUCUAUCUAUAUAUAUAAAAAAUGUUUUGAAACGCAGGUCUUGUUCUCACCGCAUCUCCAUGGCUGCCCUCUCCAAAAGUUGCCCAGUGAAAUGUGAACUAUAUACUCUAUAUGCAUGUGACGAAACUAUGAUCCAUAUUUUUGGAGUGGCAUAUGAAUUACUAACGUUACUGUGAUGUGAACCUUCUGUUAAUAUGGGGCUUGUAUAUCCAAUGCCUUUGACAAUCAUCUGCACAUAUCAAGAGUUUAUAUACCAUGCUGUAAACAAACAGGGAAUGAAUGUUUUUUUGUUUUGGUUUGUUUUUUUUCCUCUAAUAAAUCCCGAAUGAUUAAAGCCUC